UUCUGCGUCAUCGGCAAGCAGAACGAGCCCCUCUACUUCGCCACCUACGACGAGUACGGCGACAAGGGCCUCUACUUCCAGAGCCUCGUCUUCUGCUCGCUGGACAUCGUCGACGAGUGCGUCUCCAUGAAGAAGCGGCAGCAGGACAUGUACCUCGGCUUCCUCUGCCCCGUCGACGAGUUCCAGAUCUACGGCUACACGACGAACACGAACGUCAAGUUCAUCGCCGUCAUCGACGACCGCAAGCGGCCCGUGGAGGAGGAGUGGCGCGCCUUCUUCGCCAAGUGCCACGGUGCCUACGCGGAGUACCUGCGGAACCCGUUCCACGCGAUC